AUGGAAAAUGCAUCAGUGAACCUAAUGGAGGAAGAUUCAUUCGCAAAGAAAACACCAAUAAAACGCUUAGCAAAACGUAGUAUUGAGAUUCGACUAAAAGCACCGGUGGAUAGAGAACGGGAAGAUUAUAAAACAUUUAAAGGAAUUAAGCUACCAAUGAGUGAUGCAAUGAGUGAUGCUGAUAUCGAGAAAUAA